AACUACGUCGUAAAGAUGGCAGAUUUAAGACGACAUCGUAUAGCUUCUCGCGAGGUCAUAUAAGCAGUCUCAACUCUCAUGACUCAAAUUGUCAUUUUCGUGGUUGCCCCUCACCGAUUCUUUCUCCUCGGAAAUCUAUAGCAGAAUUUUUGCAGCUUUUAAUAAAAAUGUCAGCCAAAUACAUCGUCGGUUCUUUACUGGGAUCUCUCACUAUUGCAUAUAUUGGUGACAAUUUGAUUGCUGACCAGAAGAUAUUUGGAGGUACAACUCCUAAAACUGUCUCAAGUAAAGAAUGGUGGAUAGAGACCGACAAGAAGUUCCAGGCAUGGCCUCGAACUGCUGGUCCACCAGUGGUCAUGAACCCCAUUAGCCGUCAAAAUUUCAUCGUCAAGUCAAGUCUUGAUCAAUAAAAAUACUCGUUUGAAGUAUUGCUUCUUUCUUUGUUAUUCCAUGCUAUAGAUUCUUGGUUAUGUUAUUCUUAAACAAUUGAUACUUGGGAGACUGAAUCUUGCUUUUAGUUUGCUGUUUGGUUCACCACCCCUGACCCCUCUAAGUGGGACUUCCUGUUAUGCUGCAUAACAGCUGGUAAUAAGUGUUGUAUGGUUGACAUUUUUAUGGAGUUGUUCUGCAAAUAGAAAGACAAUGUUUGAUUAUCAAUC